UACUAGUUUGGUAAUUAAUAAAGGAGAUUGCCGAAGCUACCUUGAAAGAGCUACAAAGUUAUUGUAGUACAUUGAAAAGGAAACGCAUUAUUGUUGUAGAGUGCAUAAGUGAGCAUGAGGACUCCAUGUUGUGAGAGGAUGGGAUUGAAGAAGGGACCUUGGACUGCUGAAGAAGAUCACAUAUUGGUUUCCCAUAUUCAACGUUAUGGCCAUGGAAACUGGCGUGCGCUUCCUAAACAAGCUGGCUUGUUAAGGUGUGGCAAGAGUUGUAGGCUUCGUUGGAUAAAUUACUUGAGGCCAGAUAUUAAACGAGGGAAAUUCAGCAAGGAAGAAGAAGAUACCAUCCUAAAGCUACAUCAAAUUCUUGGAAAUAGAUGGUCUGCUAUAGCGGCAAGCUUACCCGGAAGAACAGACAACGAAAUAAAGAAUUUUUGGCAUACCCAUUUGAAGAAGAGGAUCGAGAAAAGUGGAGUACUGCACAAUGGAAAUGCUUAUGCUUCCUCACAUAUGAUCUUGCAAGAGGCACAAGAUGCAUCAAGUACUUCUUCUAGUGUCACUGGAAAUAUGAUGAUUGCCAAUUACGGUUUAGCCUCAAGGAAGAAUCCACCUUUUGUCGGUACAGGAUUUUACGGUGCAGUCUCAUCAAAUACUUUUAUGGGAAAUCAUGAUUCUUGUCAGCUCAGUGAAGAAAUGGAAUUCUGGUACAAUAUAUUCAUCAAAUCAGGGCAAACAUCAUGAGAAUGCAUGGAAAUCUAGGAUAUUAGAUUGCGUGAUAUAUAAUUUUUCUAUUUUUAUAUGUCAACUUUGGUUGUUUCAGCUUGGUGUCUUUGUGUACAAAACUUAAAAUCCAUUUUGGCGGUGCAAAUUGGCAGAUGAAAACUAAGAUGAAUGGAUAAUUUUUUAAUAAAGGCUACAGAGUUUAUGCAGUCACGACGCACAUAAUAAUCUGUAUCCGGACUUACUUAUAAGUAACUCCUAUAUAUCACAUCACUGCCACAUUAGCUCUAGUUUACUUUAUGAAUUGUUUAAAUUUUAGCAAAAUUACUUAUAGAAGGAAUUUUGCUAAAAUUUAAACAAUUCAUAAAAUGUGUUUGAUAUAGCAUUGAUGUAAUACAUCCCCGUUAC